UAUGCACAUGCUGUCCCCAUAGGUGUAAACAUGGUGCAACGCCUGACCUACCGUCGUAGGUUGUCCUACAACACAGCCUCCAACAAAACUAGGCUGUCACGCACCCCCGGCAACCGCAUCGUCUACCUGUACACCAAGAAGGUGGGCAAGGCGCCAAAGUCAGCCUGCGGCAUCUGUCCUGGGAGACUUCGUGGUAUUCGUGCAGUGAGACCUCAGGUCCUAAUGAGGCUGUCCAAGACCAAGAAGCAUGUCAGCAGAGCCUACGGUGGCUCCAUGUGCGCCAAGUGUGUGCGUGACAGGAUCAAGCGUGCUUUCCUCAUCGAAGAACAGAAGAUCGUCGUCAAAGUGCUGAAAGCUCAAGCCCAGAGCCAGAAAUCUUAAGCAAAUGCAUUUGUAUAAAUAAAGAAUCAUGGGAAAAAAAAUGA